AUGUACGCCAACAUGCUUCCAAACACAUCAAGGUAAUCAAUAGUAUUCCACGUGUUUUCGACGAUGCUAGCCCAAACCAACACAUUUCUGGAUAAGAACUGACUGUCUCAGUCAGAACCGAUUAAAACUGAAAUAAGUACGGAUUGGAGUCAGUUCUGAUUUGGGAUUGUUCCCUUUCGGACACACGGCACACGUUGAAAAAAACUCCCAACAAGCAAACCUUCAGAGAAACUACCGUACCAUCACAAAAUCCAGUCCUCCAGUCAAAUGUAAUACCAGACGAAACAUCAAGCUUUACCAGUGCAUCCAAGAAGCCUGCAAGUGAGCAGAAAGAUACGCUUUCCCAAUUUUCGUGCCACUGGGAGGAAUCAGAUGUGAAAUGCAAUAAAGUUUCCAGAGAUAAAGAGGAACUCACUAACCAUUUCAAUGUGAGUUACAGCAAUGUUCUGCAAUGUUUUUUAUUUAUACUUGAACAUUUUCAGAGUGUUCACGGUUCUUUGCAGAAUUAUUCGGGUAAUGGGACACCUCAAAGAUACGCUCCGUACGAGAAACCUGCAAUGGUGAGAAAGUCGUCAACUGUUGACACGUCUAUCGCGAAUCCAUUGGUCCUUCCUUUUUCCCUUCGAGCAUUAUACUCAACUCAAUGA